CUCGAAAUCAGUUCUUAGUUCACAUCGACAUCAUGCUGGUGACUCUCUGUGCUCUCAUCACUGCUCUAACAUGUGUGAGUGGUGUGACCGUGGUGACACAGAAACCUGUUUUAUCAGUGAGGAAAGGAGAGACAGCCACCAUGGACUGUAACCUGGGGACUGUUACUGAUGCUGCCUAUUGGUAUAAACAGAUUCCAGGUGGAGUUCCUCAGUUUGUGCUGAAGAUGUAUCAUAGCUAUAGUUCUCCAAGCUAUGGCUCUGGGUUCUCCUCUCCAAAAUUCACAUCUACUCAUCAGUCAACAACAGAUUAUCGUUUGAUCAUUAAAAAUGUGGAGGAGGGAGACUCUGCAGUCUAUUACUGUCAGACAUGGGACAGCAAUGCUGCUGUAUUCGGACAAGGCACCAAGCUGAUUGUGACAAGCUCCAGCCUCCCUCCUCCUGUCCUGACAGUCUUCCCUCCGUCCAGUGCUGAGCUCCAGGCCAACACAGCUUCUCUGGUCUGUCUGUCCAGUCAGUCUGUGCCUUUUGCAGAUGUGAGCUGGUUGGCUGGUGGGAGUCCAGUGAGCAGUGGGAUCUCUACCAGCACUGCUGUUCAGAGACCAGACCAGACUUACCAAAUCAGCAGCUCUCUGACCAUCCAGACAUCAGACUGGAACAUGGAUAAGGUUUAUACAUGUAAAGUGUCUUUGGGCUCACAGACUUCAGAGAAAACCAUCAAGAAGUCAGAAUGUCCCACUGAAUAGUGGAGGACCAGAAUGUGCAUUUAAAAUCUGCUUCUUUACUGCUUGUGCUGUUUGCUCAUUACAGUCUUUACAUGUUAGAAAUCAGAAUAAAGCAAAACGUUUAAGUCAUGUAUUCAUUUGCUGGUUUUUAACAAGUAUUUUCAGGAAUUCAUGUUUUGCAAUAAAUUAAUAAAAGCAUUGGUUUAAAAAAUGUG